AUGAGUGCCUCUAUUCGACCCACGCAACAGCGCACCCCGGCCUGCGACAAUUGUCGCCGACGCAAGGUCCGAUGUAAUCGCGAGCAACCUUGUGGAAAAUGUCAGGAGGUGUUUCUCAAUUGCCAGUACACCUCCGUCCCCCGACGGAAAGGACCCAAAGGCCCCACGGCUCCUGUGUUAAGCUCGCUGUCUUCAUCAAGCAACCAUUCAUCUCCACACACAUCAAGUGUCUCGUUCGCGGCAAGUGACGCAGGACACGCAGAUGCUGUCGGUCCUCCCUCUGAGUCAAAUCUUGAGGACCAAUGGACGUUUUUACCAACGACAGAAUGCCCAGACACACGCUUCGUGGGCCUCCUCAAGAGUCCGACAUUUCCUACUGCAGCAUGCCAGAGGAUAUCCCCCGUCUUGUUGCAGGCUCAUGUCGACAUCUUUCUCAAACAUCUCUACCCGAUCAUGCCAGUAUUCGAUGCCGACACAGUGACAGUUGAAUGCAUGAGCCCUGAAGCCCUGUCACCGAGACGAUAUGCUUUCAUCGUUGCGCUGUGUGCGGCGACUCAUCUGCAGCUGAAGCUUGACAUAUCGGAGGGUGGCACUAUCGAAGAACUUUCAUUGUCUGGCCAAAGCCUAAUCGAGCAAGCCAUACAAGCGCUACAAGAAUUCGACCCCCUUGACGAACCGCACACCGAUACGCUGCUUGCCUUCUUUUUUUUGUUCUCGGCGUACGGCAACCUGGACAAACAUAACCAUGCCUGGCAUUACUUGAGCCAAAGUAUCUCAUUUGCCCACCUCUUGAACCUGCACCAAGAACCAAGCUACCUAGCCCAAGAUCCUGAAACGGCCGAGUUGAGGAGAAGGAUUUACUGGCUACUCUUCAUUACCGAGAGAGCGUAUGCCUUACAGCGUAACAUGCCAAUCACACUACGAGGACGCAUCCAGAAGCCGACCGUCUUCACGUCCAAUUCCCCUGCACUGGCUUAUGGAUUCGUGAAUUUGAUUUCAGUCUUCGAAAAGAUCCCAUCUAGCUUUUACGACUGGAAUGCGAGUGCCGCGGGCUCUCUCGGUGACUCUGCGAUGAUAAAUCCUAUAUAUCAAUCGGUUGCCCUUUCCACCCCUUUGCUGGCUGAAUACAACGAAACCCAGAAAGUCGAUCUAAUCGUCACGCGGCAGUGGCUGCAAACACGUUUAUGGAAGGUAGUAAGCGAUCAAGUCGACUCAACCUGCCAUCAGGGAGCUGUCGUGCCGUUAGAUCUCCCAAUAACGGCAGGGAAGUCCGUAAUGGCUCUGAUGUCGACUGUUGCACAAAAGUCAGCUGAUGCGCAUGGGAUAGGCAUCGAACAAAAGCUCUACGACAUUGGAGAGACUGUGUCAUUGCUCGCACAUGUGUUACUUCCCAGGAAAAACGACGGCGUUGGAGAGCUAUUCGCGCACGCCCAAACCGUUUUAUGCGGCAUCAUCGACCUCCUGUCGAAUAUUCGCGGAGGACAGUCGUAUCUAUUUUCUUCGCUUCUUCAGCAGUCCCACGCCAUACUUGGCCUCGAGGCCCUGCCGCCGCACUUAGCGUUCCCUUCCUACUGGAAUCCCACUCUAGCUGAUAAUGAUGGUUCCUUGCCCGGACCAGAUGAUUGUAUGUCACUACAACGUUACAAAACUUUUAAAGACAAUUGCUUCGACCCGAAAUUGUCGACAUGA